AGUUCAAUCUUAUCUUUUUGGCCACCGAGGAAAAACUAUAUCUCAAAAAGAAAAACUUUCACAAUACCGUUCAUAAGAGAAAGUCUAUGGUAAUUGAAUCGUGCUUUCCUAAUCAAAAGUACAUGAACGAUUCGAAAUUUGAAAGACUGAAGACUGCUUUAACAGCCACAGUUGCAAGAACAAGGAUCCCAAUGCCACCUAAAGGAAAGGAAGUCGGAGCGUUCUGGGUUUUGAAGAAAGAACAGUUGUCAAUGUUACUUGACAAUAUUGAUCUGCACCAACCAUUAGACGUGCCUGAUUCACAACCUGGGAAAGCUGUGUUCAUGUUCGAAGCUGCCCAACGACUGGAACGCAGGGGGAAAACACUACUCAUCUGUGACAGCAUGGAGGAAAAGACCAAACGAAACCAUGCCCCAGAUGAAGUGACAAUCGAGACUAUAGAAUCUUUCCGCCAGUCUCGUCAGGACUUGACACAGUUUAAACACAUCAUGGUAUCCGCAACACCUCACAAACUGGAGGCAAUUCAGGACAAGCUGAAGGCAAUUCCUACUCCGAUUUGGAGGAUCUACGAACGCGAUGAAGUUCCCACAGAAACCGUGCGUGUUGUGCUCCUGGGCUACGCUAAGACAGGGAAAAGUCUCCUUGCCAAUACAAUUGCAGGCGAGAAACUGUUCGAAGCUGGAUUACUCAAACCUACAACAGUAUGUCAAGAGAGACGGGCAAGCGUGGAUAACAGGACAUUUCAGAUAAUGGACACACCAGGUUUCUCCUUGCACAACAGACAGAAUAUUCAGACUACUGUUGAGGAGUUGGUGAGCAGGGCAAGUUCCACUGAUGCUGUCUUGCUUGUUGUAAAGGCAUCGCCAAUGACAUAUGAAGAGGAACUGCUCUUCAAACAUGCCAGCGCAAUUGCUAGGAAGCCAAUAUCACACAAAAUAGUGCUUGUGUUCACAACACUAGAUGACGAUAUCACUUUGAAGGGAUAUCUCAAGAACAUUCCCAGUUUCCUGAAAGAAUUUCUCCAGUUCUGCUACAACCCUCCCGUGCUUGUCAACAUUGGGACACAAUCAAAGAUGGCGAAUGAUCAAAUACAUGACAUGCUCAGGGCAAUAGGCAAAAUACAAAGUACGCAUGUGCAAGAGCAACAGAUGAGAAGAAUACCUCACAAACUGACUGCAGCCAUCCGUGAACUAGAGAAACGUUACAGGGACAACUUGACACGGCAAAUUCAACAGAUGCAAAUAAUCCUCUGAUCGCGUUGUGGGCGUGAAUAUACAGUCGUUAGACACCAAGUUCCGGGAAAUGAAACUUUACACACAUUUAGGGGACGCACACUUUUC